AUCGUUACAGAGUUGAUUUUUAAAUAAUCAAACCAUGCAUAAUCAGCCAAUACUGUAGUAUGCAUUGCCAUGUCUGCUUUCCUUUAUUCCUUAGUGCAAAAAAGCAUGCUUGGUUUGGCAUGUAUUUCAGCUUUCUACCAGAGCUUCUUUGUGAUGUUCCACUUGCUUAUUUGGAAGGAUAUCAGGCUUUCUGAGAACCCUAUUGCUGAUAUUACUAAAGGUGGUGUCUCAAGGUUUGUCUUGGUUGCACGCUUAGCAAAAGUUAAGAUACUAAAUGGAAGUGAGAUAAGUGCACGUGAGAGGAGGGAAUCAGAAAUUCGGUAUGUUCGUCUUGUCAUGGCGAUGAUGCAAUCAGUGGAUCCACGAGUGAUAAACCUACAACACCCAAGGUAUGCAGAGCUGAAGGCCCAUUAUGAGAUUGAUGAUGAGAAGGCAUCUACAGGAGUAGCUAUCCCUCAAAAAAUGUCGGCAGGACUUAUAUCUAUCAAGUUGAUCUGCGUGGGGGCUUCCAUGGGAGAGAGGCAACCCUUGGUAAAAAAAUUGCCUUCUACUACUACGGUUGGCAGGCUAAAGAUUCUUUGUGAGAGCUUAUUUAAACUUAAGGGGGUCAAGUUGAGACUCUUUCUUCAAGAGAAGGAUUCUCCUUUGCCAACACUGCUUGAUGAUGAUACCAUUUCUUUGAUGAAUGCUGGGGCUGGCAGCGAGGCAACCGUUUUGGUGGAUGAAGAAAGCUAACCAUUCUGUGAGAUAAUAUUUCCUUCUCUCCGAUAUUAUUUCUUUCAAAAUUUUGUUUGCAUCUACCCUUUUAUAUAAAUUUCAAAGUCAUUGUGCAAGAGUAGUCUGUUACCGACUUUCGCCGAGUUUCAAGAAAAUAAUUAUCUAGUACGAUACAUACGAUUACGAUGCA